UUUGUCUGCUCUGCUCUGUGCCUCAGUCCCGGGUCUGGCACCAUGGGGAUAUCUACUCUGCUGUGCUGUCUACUAUGGGCGACCAUAUCUUCUCUCAUUAAGGCGCAAAGUCCAUCGUUCCUGAUCACCGCCCCUCGUCUUCUGCACCUUGGUGUGGGGGAGGAUGUGUGGGUGCAAGUGGAGUGGCCCCAGGGCUUUAAGGCUUCCAAUAGUGACAUCAAAGUGGAAAUGUACCUGAGGAACCAAAAGAAUUAUGCGGAGUGUACCACAAGAUAUACCGCGACCCUGAACAAUGGCAACAACUACAUCACCAAGCAGACAAUAGAGCUGAGUCCUGAGAGGGCCGCACUGUGUAAACUGAAUGAGAAGAGGAGUGAGCGCUACGUCCAGCUGGUAGUAAGUAGCGCCUCUAUCUCCGCAAAACCUCAAGUGGUCUCCAUACCCGUGGCCUACAAAAGAGGAUACAUCUUCAUCCAGACUGACAAGAGUAUAUAUACUCCCAAGGAAACAGUUAACUUUCGAGUGUUUACUCUGGAUCACAUGAUGAGACCCAAAAUGGAGCCGACCACUUGCGCUGUGUUUAAUGCCGAAGGCUUAAAAGUAACAAGUUUCACAAAGCAGGCGUCCAUAAUACCUGGAAAGAUCCAGAUUCCGGAUAUCGCAUCAUAUGUGUAUGGAGAGGAUGUGAAUGGCGUCACAUACAUACGCCUGGGGAUAAUAGGUCAGGAUGGGCAGAAGACUUUACUUCAAGGCUUGGAGCAGAACGUGAAGCUGACGGAUGGAGAAGGCUCUGUUGUGGUUCUUAAAGACGACAUUGUAAAGAAAAUUAACCAACCUGAGGAAAACCUGGUGGGGUCCACCUUUUACAUUGCAGUCAGUGUAAUGGAGGCAGCGUCUGGAACUUUAGAAGAGAAGGAGAUCACUUCCGUGAAAUUUGUAACAUCGCCCUACAUUUUGGAUUUAUCCAAAACCAGGCGGUAUUUUAACCCUGGAUCUCCAAUGUCAGUUGUGGUGGAGGUCACUCAUACAGACGGCUCACCAGCUCCCGGUGUCCUGGUCAAGCUAUUUAAAUCUAACGGUGAAAUAGGUUCCUCUAUAUCUGAUAACAAUGGAGGAACGGUCUUUCAGAUCAAUACAGAUGCCAGCCCGGAAUCCUUCGAAAUUAAGGUCACAGCAGGAAAGGAUGGCGCCCGUCAGGAGGAGCUGUUUCACCUUACUCCCUAUAGCUCCAAUGCCAACAGUUUCCUCCACUUGGAGAUCCCGAACCAAAUACUGAGCCCUGGAGAAAAUGUAAAGAUCACAACGAAGGUCUUGACACCCGAUCCCGGAAGAGUGAAGAACGUUUAUUAUAUGGUUCUCAACAAAGGUCAGAUUCUCGAGUUGAAGUCCAUUGUCAGAAGUGAAUUCAUGGUGAUCAAUGUACCGGUUACAGCUAAGAUGGUUCCUUCCUUCCGAGUUCUCGCCUACUACUACUUGGGCUCCGAGAUUGUGGCCAAUUCCAUUUGGGUGGAUGUUAUCGAUGUCUGUGAAGGCAAGCUGGAACUUAGAACAGAUGUUAGAGACAGUAUACAACCAGGAGACUCCUUCAAGCUCACAAUUGAAACAGACGAUAGGACGUCGGUGUCUUUAUCGGCAGUAGAUACAGCCGUCUACCUGCUGAACUCCAAAAACAAGCUGACCCACUCUAAGGUUUUUAAGGCCAUGAAUGCCUAUGACCUGGGGUGUUCCCCUGGAAGUGGAAAGGAUUAUAAAUCUGUUUUCAUGGAUGCAGGAUUAGUGUUCGUGUCCUCUGCCGGAUACAGUAACAUGAAUGAAUUUGGCUGUAAAGUUCCUCAAAGGAAGAAACGCUCCGUGGACUUCUCUGCACUUACAAACCAGAAAUUAAACCAAUUCCCAAGCCAGAAGCUCAAGCAAUGCUGUAUUGCCGGAAUGAAGAUAUUGCCGCCUCGCAUGGAAAGAAAGUGUGAAAACCGAGCCAUCCGCGUAGGAGACAAUGAAUGCCGCAAAUCGUUCCUCGACUGCUGCAAAUAUGCCGAGGAACUGCGAAAGAUGAUGAAACUGCAUAAAAAGAAGGAUAUCAUUGGGAGAACUCGAAAUAAGGAAGAGGAGGAGGAUUUCACAGAUGAAAGUGAGGUGCAGGUCCGUUCAUCUUUUCCCGAAACCUGGCUAUGGAGAACCGUCACUGUCAACAAAAGAUAUACUGAAACUGUUUCUGUUCAUGACUCCAUCACCACAUGGGAGAUCCAAGCAAUCGGAAUGUCUGAAGGAAAAGGAUUCUGCGUGGCUGAACCCAUCAAAGUCAAAGUCUUCAAGGACUUCCAUGUUCACCUUCGAGUCCCAUAUUCUGUGAAGAGGUUUGAGCAGAUGGAGCUCCGACCUGUGUUGUACAACUACUAUGAGCAGGAUAUAAAGGUUAAGGUAUCAAUGGACAAGUCAGAAGAUCUAUGUAGCGCUACCACGGCUGAUGGAGAGCCUAUAGAAAGAAUAGUCAUAGUGCCGAACCGUUCCGCUAUAGCUGUUCCAUUUGUUGUGGUGCCCAUCGGAAAGUCAAACCCAAUGGUGACAGUGAAGGCUCUAGGUACAGACGGAGUAGCUGACAUUGUAAAAAAGCCUCUCCGAAUUUUGAGGGAAGGUGUCUCGGUUCUUGAAGAAAAAACACAUCUGAUAGAUCCUAAGGACAGAAACAGAAAUGAGUUGACAGUUGACGAGGACCUGCCGUCCAAUAUGAUACCGGAUGGAGAUUUCCGCUCGAGUAUAAUGAUAAGUGUGGAUUCUCCAAUGAAUACCAUAAACAACUCCCUGAGUAGUGAUGGGGUUAGUAGACUCAUCCGUGUUCCAUAUGGCUGCGCUGAGCAAACUAUGAUUUCCACGGCUCCUGGAGUCUAUGCCCUUCGCUACCUGGAUCACACCAAUAAGUGGACGCAGCUACCACCUGACCGCAAAGACAUGGGGCUGGAGAACAUGAACAAUGGAUACGCCAGGAUCUUGCAGUACAGAAAGACAGAUGGAUCCUAUGGUGCGUGGCUGCACAGACCAAGUAGUACAUGGCUGACAGCUUUUGUAGUAAAAGUCAUGUCCCUCUGCCGUAAAUAUAUUGAGGUUGAUGUGGAAGAAAUCCGCAGAUCUGCCCUAUAUCUCACGACAAAACAAAGUGACACAGGAGCUUUCCUGGAGACCAAUGCAGUGAUCCACAAAGAUAUGAUGGGUGGUAUUGCGAAGAAUACAGCAGAUGUGUCCCUUACGGCCUAUGUGUUGGUGGCUCUCCAUCACGCCAAGGAUGCUAUGCCUGAAGAUGAUACCAAAGUGAAAAACAGUAUUGCUAAAGCCAUAGACUACCUCCGCUCUAUACUGAACAAUGUCAAAGAGCCAUACUCCCAGGCCGUCACUGCUUAUGCCCUCAAUCUUGCUUCCAGUGACUCCCUUUUGAAGGAAAAAGCCUAUACCAAUCUCAUGUUUACUGCACAGCAUGAUCGCAAUAAGAAUACGGUUCACUUUGGACCAAAGGGGACUGCACUUGCUGUUGAAGCCACAUCGUAUGCAUUACUUACUGCCCUACUCCAAGGAGAUCUGCCUAAUGCCAAGAAGAUAUACGUCUGGUUGUCAGAGCAAGAGAACUAUGGUGGAGGAUUUAAAUCUACCCAGGACACGGUGAUGGCGCUGGAGGCUCUCUCUGAAUAUUGGAUCAAGACUGACACAGGUGACGUAGAUGAAUUACGGGUGGAAAUCAACUCCCUGGAGAAAUCUCUGAAGCAGGACAUCACACUGCGAAGCGGGGAGAGCUCUCAGGAGGAGCUGAGAUCGAUGGGGACUAAAUUCAGGGUGAAAAUAUAUGGAAAAGGAACCGGAGUCUUAAAAGUUCUGAAGAUGUAUAACAUCAUCCAGUUGGAGGACACGACCUGCUCACAGCUGGAUCUCACCAUAAAGGUGCACGGUAAUAUUAAUGCAGACGAUGAAGAAAAUGAUUACGGAGAUGACUAUGAUUAUGAUGGAGAGGCCAUGUCCGACAAGCCCAGGAGGAACAUUGAAUGGCAUGACUUGAGGAGCAGAGCUCGUAGAGAGGUCUCCUCGCCCAAAGCAAAAGACGAGAAAGUCCUGUAUGAAGUGUGUAUUGGGAGAAAAUCCCAGACGGCUACAUCUGGCAUGGCGAUCGUAGAUAUUACUAUGCUCAGUGGAUUUCAACCCAGCACUCAAGAUCUGGACAAGCUAAAGGGCGAUCUUGAGGAUUACAUCAGUCACUAUGAGAUCCAAGGCGGAAGACUCAUCAUGUACUUCGAUAAGGUCUCCCAAAACAAAGAGUGUGUGAGCUUCGAGGCUGUCCAAACAGUGAAGAUCUCUCCCCUACAGCCGGCAUCAGCCAUCUUGUAUGAUUUCUAUGAGCCAGAGAAUCAAUGCAGAGUGUUCUACGGGGGCCCAGAUAAAUCCAGCUUGGUAAGCACGUUGUGCUCCGGGGACGUGUGCCAGUGUGCGGAAGGUUUAUGCCCCACGAGGCGGCGCUCUCUGGAACUGAAAGGAACUGUUCGACGAGACUUUGCCUGUUACAACCCAAGAGUGGCAUUCGGAUACCGCGUGAAAUUGGUGAACACCAGUGAGGAGGAGGCGUUUACUGUCUACACUGUUCACAUUGAGGAAGUUCUGCAGAAAAAUUCGGAUGAGCACAUCGCCAAAGGAGACACCAGAUACUUUUAUCAACGUUCAUCCUGCAAAAUGCGACUUGGUAACAAGGAGUAUCUGAUCAUGGGUCAAGAUGGACAAACCAAAGAUGACAAAGGACGAAUGAGAUACUUAUUAGAAAGCAACUCAUGGGUCGAGGAGCUGGCUGGACCACAAAAUUGUAAAGCUACCCGUAACCGGAAUGCAUGCAAUGAUAUGAACAACUUCAUGGGAGAUUACCGGAUAAAUGGCUGUAUGGUGUGACCACAUGGCUGUAUGGUGUGACCACAUGGCUGUAUGGUGUGACCACAUGGCUGUAUGGUGUGACCACAUGGCUGUAUGGUGUGACCACAUGGCUGUAUGGUGUGACAACAUGGCUGUAUAGUGUGACCACAUGGCUGUAUGGUGUGACCACAUGGCUGUAUGGUGUGACCACAUGGCUGUACUGUGAGACCACAUGGCUGUAUAGUGUGACCACAUGGCUGUACGGUGAGACCACAUGGCUGUACGGUGAGACCACAUGGCUGUACAGUGUGACCACAUGGCUGUAUGGUGUGACCACAUGGCUGUAUGGUGUGACCACAUGGCUGUAUGGUGUGACCACAUGGCUGUACGGUGUGACCACAUGGCUGUAUGGUGUGACCACAUGGCUGUAUGGUGUGACCACAUGGCUGUAUGGUGUGACCACAUGGUGGUAUAGUGCGGCCAUAUGGUAUUAUGGUGUAAUCAAUAUAUCAUCUCAGUAGAGUGUCAGUAUUAAUGUAGAUGUUCUUUUAUAUUUUACUUUACAAUAUUUCAAUUUAUUCAAUAAACUAUCAAG